UCACACUUCCUGUGAAGCUGUCGGUGGUUUUUCUUGUCUCUGUCUUUGUGGUGAGUGCUGACCUCUGUUCACAUCCUCACACCACCAGCCCUCAUCCACCUGCCACCUCUAUGGCAGCAGCGGGAACCCAGAUCUGCUGCCACUCUGAGGAAUGAAGGGCAUCUGAAGGCACGUCUCGGUGUCUCCUCGCCAUGGCAGAAGCUCUGCCGUUGUGCUACCACGGCGCCAUCAGCAAGAAUGAGUGCGAGGAACUUCUGGGAAAGAAGAACAAGGACGGAGCUUAUCUGAUCCGAGCCAGUGAGACCAUCCAGGGAGCCAUGUGUCUGUGUGUCUAUAAAAAGAAGGUGGUGAACACCUACAGGCUGUUUCAGACAUGUACUGGACAGUACACUCUGCUGACGGCAGAAGGUGUGCAGGAGACGUUUUUUAAGACCUUGGAUGAUCUGAUUCGUCACUAUAAGAGGAAGAACCAGGGCCUGGUCAUGCACCUGCGGCACUCUGUGAAAAGGAAGACGGCCUUGUUGAUCCAACCCCGAAGACCGCCUGAAGAUCCAGGUGAAGAAGACAAGCAGAGGAUGUUUGAAGAAGCGUCGGACUAUGAGAAUGUUACGGACUCGGAAUAUGUUGACGUCCUCCCUGAAUAACUUCUACUUCAACACUUGAAAAAAGUGCUGAGGCCCACACUGGAUUUAAUUCAGAAGAUUAAGGAAAGAAAACAUGGAUGAAACGAGGUUCAGACGUUCAUGUUCACUAGAGGAUGAAUUCUACUGAGCUCCGUUCUCUAUUUUUAAGCUUUUAUGUGAAAAGGGGAAACGACUGUAUGACUCAUUACAUGAGACCGUUUUCUAUUUUAUAUGAAACAUGCAAACUUACAUGCGUAUGGAAACUCUUGACCUAUGUAGCUUACACUAUUUAACGUUUACUGAGCAUCAGCGCCCCCUGCAGCCACACGUUGGGAUUCAUCCUGUUGGGCUCCUUGUUCAGCGAUUAAGUGGUUUUCUUCUGUGUAGAUAUUACCCAUGAUCCUCUGCUUCCUGCCCCAGAAGAGCUGCAGCUGUAACAAAUCCACCAAACUCUGUUCAUGAUUCUUCAUGUUUUAACAGUUUCCUGCUGAAUCUUGGAGAUAAACUCUGGUUU